AUUCAAUCUUCCGCAGCUAAGCUAAGUUAGCAAUGGACCAAUCUGGAGCUGUACCGUGGAGGCCCCCCCGGGUAUGUGAUGACUACUGGAGUGAAUUCAGACACUGCAAAAGCUUGUGGAAUCGCUUCCACCACUACUACACUCAUGGAACCUCCCCGUCCUGCAAGCAGUGGAAAGUGGACUAUCGUAACUGCACCGAGUGGGAGAAACACAAAACCACCGAGGCAAAGGAAGCGUUGCAGGCGAGUGAAAGGUGCAGAGUGGCCGAGCAGAGAAAGUUCACCCCGGUGUGGAACCUGAGGCAAGCUCCCCCCAGAGACUGGAACCUGCCCUUGAACCAGGGGAAGCCUCAGGACUAAUGGAUUUUAACCUGCUGUCUCUGCGGUGGCCGGAGCAAAGUGAACUGAACAUACGUAAUAUAUUUUUCAUUUCAUGGACAUAAAAUCCCUAUGAGCUACAUGCUGGAGACUCUUGGUCACUCACUGUCAACUCAGAUUGAGCUCAGAGAGCUGCUGUGUGGAAGCAGAUAUGUGGAGUGUAUUCAAACAGUGAGGGCAGCAUCUAGUGGCCAAUGAUGAGGAUGGCAACACAUGAAUUACAACAUGUCUGUUAUUAAAGCACUUCUGUUUUUGACAGUCAUAAGUAAUAAAGUGUUCACAGCUUUCAUAAACAGAUGCAGAGGAUGACUGCACUCACACACUUGAUUAAACAGUUCAAUAUGAAUUGUUCCUUGUUAGGGAAGAACAAUAUAUGGUUGAAUCAUACAGCGGGUACUUAUUCAGGAU